AUGGCUUACUUCAAAAGGGUCACUAUGCGUACCACUGACCCAGGUUGUGUAAAUGCAGUUGUGAUGGGUAGAAAGACUUGGGAAUCCAUACCGUCAAAGUUUAGACCUUUACCUAAUAGAUUGAAUGUCAUUUUGUCUCGAAAGUUUGCAAAUCGCCAGUUGGAUGAAACCACGAUAGAGGCGAAUUCUAUCCAAAGCUCUUUGGACCUUUUACGUGAUAAGAAUAUUGAAAAAGUGUUUAUUAUUGGAGGAGCCGAGAUUUAUCAAGAGGCAAUGAAGAGUGAAGUUGUGGAUAACUUGUUGAUUACCGAAAUUAGCCAUUUGGACCCAUCAAGUAUCGAGAUGGAUACGUUCCUACAAUUCCCAAUGGACCAAUGGGAGCGAGAGUCUACUGAGCAGUUGAAACAGCUUACAGGAGAAAGUGAUAUAGAAACGGAUAUCCAAGAAGGUGACUUUACUUACAACUACACGCUUUGGAGUAGAAAAUAA